ACAUGUGUUGGCGGCUGUAAUGAAUUGGGGGUGAGAGUCACCUUUUCCAAAUUGACGGUGUGAUCAGAGCCACCUCACACCCGGUCCGAAACAUGACAUCAGAAUUUGAAUUUCCACACCCAAUGUGACGGCGCCGAUCUUCACACUGAACAGCCGAAAAGCCUGAAACUGCGUGGAAAGCCGGCACAGGACCGCGGAGAUCCGACCCAACGCUGGAUCCAGGGUAGCCUCCCAAAUAACGGAUUACAAAUCUGUGCAAAUACGCAAACAAAGAAUCAGAGUCUUUUACUGAUGAUGAUGUGAAAGUUUAAAGAUUCGGCUCUGCUGCAUUUUUAUUGUGUUUGGAGAUAAUAUUUUGGGAUACAGGGGUUAUUUUGUCAUAAAUAUUUAUACAUCGAUAUAAGAUUAAUACUUUUAGCGACUUUUUUUCGACAGCAGUAAACUAUUUCCAACAGUAAAAUGUAUAUUCUUUUCUGGAUUUCUGAUGCUUGAGGGACUUGGUUAACAACCAUCAUCUUGGCUCAUACAGAAACACGCGUUGCUUAAUCAUUAAAAAUAAGUAUGAAAUUGUACAGAGUGCUAACGUUAAUCGCGGGUCUAUCUUUAACCCAGGUUCAUGGUCAAGUGGAACAAACCUUAAAGCAUCCUGGCCUGCAGGUGCUCGCCACGGCAUCGCAUUACUGGCCAUUGGAUGAGGUGGAAGGGAUAUACGGACUGUGGGACGAGAUUGGAAACAGAACAUGUCAUGUUAAUGGAAGUAUUAUAUCGCUCACGAUCCACAACCACACUGUGCUUCCUCACCUCCAUAAUUCCUCCUCUGUGUAUACCAAUGACUCUACCUACACUAACAUUUCUGCAGCUGUAGACAUUGUGGAAGGAAUGGCCAACAAGGGGAUUUAUGUGAAUGGAGACGCUGGGGCCACAUUUCUUCAUUUUGGGAACUACAAGAAUUCGUGCAUCAGUGACCCAACCAAAUGUGUGCCACAAGGGAUCACAUUUUCCUUCUUCUGGAAGAAUCAGGAAGCUCAGUCUCGCUUUGCCAUCACCUACGGCAAGUUCAUAUCCAACGGCUUCUCCGUCUACGCAAAGGCCUUUGGUGGCUAUGUGGAAUUCUACAUACGUGGAAACUUUAGACACUGGAAGGCCAACAUCAAGCUUCCAGGACCUUACUGGACAAACCUUCUGUUCACCUGGACGCAGAAGGACGGCCUGAAGAUCUACGUCAAUGGGACUUUCAAUGUCAGCGAUCCGAUGGGCAACGAGUCCCCGACGGAUGGCGACGCCUACACAGACCGUGUCAUCGAGACUGGCAGUAGUCAGUCCGGAAAGCACUAUGUGACGGGGACCUUUGACGAGUUUGUCAUCUGGGAGAGGGCCCUGUCCCCCGAAGAAAUCUGGCUCUACUACAAGGCUGCAACAGGUGACCACGCCAUCACCUCUAUGACGCCUCACGUACCAAAGUCUACCUCCUCUCCAGUGGAUUCUCAGAUGUCCACCGACUCUUACCAUCCGAUCAUCACCAACUUGACAGCGGAAAUGCAAAACUUCCAGUUCCCCAAGUCCAUGAGUCUGCCUAAUGAGUCCAUACCACAAAAGACAGCCAAUGGCCUCACACAGGCCUUUCUUAAAAGUGUGGAGGAGGUCUUGUCUUCACCAGGGUGGCCCGACGUGGAAGAGCAAUUGACACCCAUGGUCAGUGGACUGAUAGAGACGGUGGACAAAGUGAUGAUCAAUAUGGCUUCCAACAUGGAGGCCAGCCUUGAGGGGACCGUCGCUAUUGGUGGAAAAUCAUCUGUGGCAGAUUAUUCUCUGAUGAAGAUCCCACAGAACAUCAGUCUGAGCCACUACCGCUUCCCCACACAGGGGAAAAACUACAUCUCUGUCCCUGGGGAGGCCUUCAGCAAUAAAGCCCAGACCACCAUUGUGGGCCUGUUCUACCACACCAUGCACAACUACUACAGAGAAAUCAGCCCACUUCAGACCAGGAUCGAUGGGGCUGCCGGCUUCAAAGACCACAAGAUUCAAGUGACCAGCUUCCUCAUCUCCUUGAACGUGGAGCCGUCUCCGGCCCUGUCCAUCAACCUCUCUGGCUCUCCCCUGAUCAAGAUCGUCCUGACACACUUUCUGACCAUGCAGCAAUACAGUCUGGCCUCAAACCACAGCAACAAGGUCUUCCUUUAUUGUGCCUUCCUGGACUACAGCACUAAGGAAGGCAUCUGGUCCAACCAGGGCUGCGUUCGCUCAGAGGGGAACCUCUCCUACUCCGUGUGCCUAUGUAACCACCUCACCAACUUUGCUAUUCUCAUGCAAGUGGUACCCUUGGAGCUCACAACGGCCCACCAGGUGGCGCUGUCCUCAAUCAGCUAUAUCGGCUGUUCCAUUUCCAUCUUCUGUCUGGCCAUCACCCUGGUGACCUUCGCCAUCCUCUCGUCGGUGAGCACCAUUAGGAACCAGCGCUACCACAUCCAUGCCAACCUGUCCUUUGCCAUCCUGGUCGCACAAAUCCUGCUGCUUGUCAGCUUUCGCUUUGAAGUGGGGACGCUCCCCUGCAAAGUGCUGGCCCUCCUGUUGCACUUCUUCUUCCUCAGCGCCUUUGCCUGGAUGCUGGUGGAGGGGCUGCACCUCUACAGCAUGGUCAUCAAGGUAUUCGGCUCAGAGGGCAGCAAGAGCUACUACUACUACGGGAUUGGCUGGGGUUCUCCAUUGGUGAUUUCUGUGGUGUCUGUGACAUCAGCCCUGGACAGCUAUGGAGAAGUGGGAAACUGCUGGUUGUCACUGGAGAAAGGAACAAUCUGGGCCUUCGUAGCGCCGGCACUGUUCGUCAUAGCGGUGAACAUCGGUAUCCUUAUUGCUGUUACGAGGAUCAUCUCCCGGAUCAGUGCAGAAAACUACAAGGUGCAUGGAGACCCCAAUGCUGUCAAGCUGACCGCCAAGGCUGUGGCUGUCCUCCUCCCUAUCCUGGGCAUCUCCUGGAUCUUUGGGGUUCUGGCUAUCAAUGGCCACUCCCUGAUUUUCCAGUAUCUAUUUGCUGUCUUUAAUUCACUCCAGGGAUUCUUUAUUUUCCUGUUUCAUUGUCUUCGCAAUUCAGAGGUACGGGCCGCCUUCAAACACAAAACCAAGGUCUGGUCACUCACCAGUAGCUCCAUCCGCAACAUCAACGUGAAACCCUUCAAUUCGGACAUUAUGAACGGGAACAAGGGAGGUGUGUCCCCAACCAAGAUGCACACCUGGGACAAGAGCACCAACUCCGCCAACCGUAUCGACCUUUCGGCAGUGUAGUGCCCACCAAGCCCAGUGGAUGACGACAGCGGUCCAGUCGUGUAAAAUAGACAUUUUUAUUUUAUUUUUGACACAGUUAAACUGGCACACGUCACCAAUGGGAAUUCCACACUGGGACCAAAACCAAGGCCAGAUUUGCUCCAUUCCUACAACCUUCCCGGAAUGUUCUCAGGAACAUAUCGCUUUCGAACAUCUAGCUGCAGCCUGUUCACCCGGCCCCCCUUUGCGUUUCUCUCACUUUGAUAAACACCAAAGCCUCUUCCCGCCUCUCCCCUCUCCGCCAAAACGGACAGAGCUCUUGCAACCUCCCUCAGACCUGCGCAGCAACCCAGCCCUCCAAAGGAAAUUCACCAACCUUGUGUAAGAAAGGCAGCGCACUAAGAGUGCGUAAUUCUUGCAGACGUGGAAUGGAAAUGGGCAGCAACACUAAGCAGUGAGACACGAAACAGCAUCGGAACAAUUUGCCAGUUUUGCUUAAUAUUGCAUUUAACACAGCUACCACAAAGAGAGGUACACCGCAAACCAGGCACUGCUGCCAUUGGUGGAUAAUAAUUGAUAUUACUACUGAAGUAGUCAGUUCACUCUACGUUAGUAAGAUGAAACCGCAAGAGGAUAGUCUUUGGAUAGCAUGUGAUGACGAACUGGACAGGCAUUGGAGCAUUUCUGGUCAUUGGCCUGCUUCACCACUUGAGGCCGGGGGGGUAAAUUCAGUGUGGGGGUGUAGUAUGGAUUUCAUGUGGACCCCAGAACGAGAAGCUAUAAAGUUGACAGGAGAGUGACAGAGAGAAUAAACAGAAUGGUCACAUUAUCCUUAUACAUCUUUUUAUAAUUGUAAUUGUCAUGCAUGAUUUAUAUUUGCAGUCAUUCAUUUAGCAGAUGCCUUUGUCCGAAGGCAUUGUUUUGAUUUUACAGAUUGACAUAUAUAAAUAGAUCCAGGUAAGCAGGGGUUAGGCAAAGCAGAGUGAUGUUUAAUGCCUUCAUAUAUAGCAGAGCAGUGGUAACAAUUGAUAAGAACAGCAUGCUUUUCGCCAUAGUGUCCCACUGUGCCGGGUUAUCCGGUAUUACUUUAUCAUCUGUUCUGGGGAUCCUCAAUUCUGCUUUAUCACAGCCCAUUUUGUAAGAUUCAAAUGAAACCAAAGGGUGGUGAGUUGGUUUUGUGAACGUUUGGUAGAUGGGAAGUUAUGAAGAUCGCGUGUUUGUGAAGAACUGGUUUCUUGUUCCUAGUAGAAUCCUUUUGCUAAGACCACCGUAUCAUUUACAUUGUUUGCAAUAUUUGAAUGAAUGUAUACUGCCUAUAAGUAUACUGCCUAUACAGUAAGUAUACUACCUAUAAGUAUACUGCCUAUAAGUAUACUGCCUAUAAGUAUACUGCCUAUACAGUAAGUAUACUGCCUAUAAGUAUACUGCCUAUAAGUAUACUGUCUAUACAGUAAGUAUACUGCCUAUAAGUAUACUGCCUAUUCAGUGUCAUUUCCUCCCAGGUUUUAAAAGCUUCUGAACAUUCACAAGGGCUUCUGAGGUCAGAAAUAAUGAGGUUACACCAUUGCACCUCAUCAUAAAUUAAUGCAAGAAUCCUUGCUGUUUUUAGUAUAAAUCAUCCUUUGCCACUGGCACUGUGAAUAAGACACCAUUGGCCCCUUUGACCAAUGAUGAAAGAACAACAGUUUGUGUUUCUCGUAUAUAGUCCAGUAAUAAUUCACAUUUGUAUUUUAAAUCAUCUUACAUGACAUCAGCUUAUCUCUCUGAGAUAUUGUCACAGAUUUCUAACUAACUUUUGUGAGAUAGUGACGAUCUUGUUAUAGAUUUGGGGAAAAAUCAUUAACGUUUGUUGUUCUUACUUUGAAGGGAAUUACCUUUGGUGAUUUUAUUUAAAUUUAAAAAGACAAUAAUGCUUGGCCACCUCAUAUCCGUGCUGUACUUAAGCAAUAAUAAUUUUGCAUUGGAAGUGUACUGCUUCUUUAAUGGGAUUCUUGGCAAUAGUACUUCUUCUAGAACAUAUUUGACUAAUGGAUAAUGGUACAAGACAAUGGUACACUUCAGUCUGAAGUGGGUUUGUAACAGUGGCGUUUGUUAGGUAUUUAUAGUGGUUUGUGCGCAGUAAUGUACUACCAUUUCCUGGCUUGUACAAUGCAUUCUGGGAAUGGAGUCUUUGCCUGAUUAUUUUGGUGGGAACACAGUGGAUGGAAGGUUCCAGAUCUUAUUUUCGUUGCUGCUUCCAUGACGUCCUACAGUUUUUAGUGCUGGAUGAAAACAUGAGGAUGAAAGAAAAGUAGUCAGUUUUGUGUAGAAGAAUGACACAUUUUCUGAGCUCACUGACAAGACUCGCGUCAAUGCAGAGUCAUGCAAAGCAAAAAUCAAAUGUAUUCAUGUAAAAAAAAAAAAAACCAAACAAAAAAACAAUUUUCUGUGAAAAGUCACUGAGAGCCUGUGAGGUGUGUUUUCCUAAGAGGGAAGAGUCCUUCAACAGAGGCAGUAUCUAACAUUUCCAGUUAUCGCUGAACAUUACUGCCAAUAUUGUAUCAUAUGGUCAUUAGGCAUGCAGUUUUCAGAACUGCUGAUGUUUCACACAAAUGUCUGUAACUUUAAUUCAUAUUUGGUCUGCUAGUAUGUUUUCAUGUGGCUUACUAUAAAAGCUAUCUUUGUAUUUAUGUAUCGGCACCAGCAUCAGACGGAUUUGGGUCCAACAUUGCCUAUAACAUAAUGAAAUUCACUGUGAGAUGGCAAAAGGUUUAUUUUUUUGUUGUAUGUCUAGACUUCAUUGUUUUGACACUGUAUUUUUUUUUUCUCAAACAGAAUUUACUGUAUGAAGUAGCUUUGUAUGACUGAAUUUUUCUUAAUUUUUCAAAAGUGAAAAUGUGUCCACUUGUUCAGGCUUGGUCUCUGCAUUAUCUGUUGAAUAAAGGAUUAAUUCCUCGAA